CUCAUCGUCUUCUAGCCGCUUAACGGGAUAGACCGGUGUGAACAUUAUUCUUACCAUUCAUAACUGUUAUUUUCUUGCAUACUGGACAUUUCGACCUACGUGUCUCGAUAAACCUCUCUCGUCUGAUCAACUUUUCCUACCAUUCGUGGUAUUCGAGAAUAGGUCGGAGCCUACUCGCAGUCAAGUAUGAGCUGAAAGGAAGGGCACUACGCGAGGACGUCAAGUGCGAGUUACACUUGCACUGAAUGCGCGAUGGUACCGCGAGGCUCUCCGCCUAAUCUAUAGUCUUUAGGCAGAGGGAUGCAUCAGUUUAACCCUUUGCUCUGCUCUCCAGAGUUGCAUAUAUUUGUAAAUACAGUAAGAUUUAUUAAAUAAGCUGAGGAAAUGUGUUACGGGGCUGCAGCUUUUUUGGGGAGUUGUGUUGGACAAUAAUUCAAAGGAUAUUUUUUUCAUAAUUUGCUCAAACUUCGAUGGCUUGAGUAUUUGCAUACAUGCAUGCUGACAGGCAAGAAUGUAAGGUAGCCUAUGUCCCGUUUACCGCUCUCACAUCACACGGAGUAACGGAGCAUCGGUUGGAUUCACAGCGCUGGACAUCGACCUAUAGCGCAUUUAUUCGGAUUGGGUUUGAGUGCCCAGAUAAAUAACUUUAGAUAUAUGAAUUAUUGGGAUUGCCUGGUCACCUGCUUUCCUUGCCUGUCAUAUGCCAACGACAACUGAAAUUCAAGAGCAAAAUUAAUAUGGCAUAAACUAUUUCUGGAGACGCCAGUCACAGAUAUCGCCGACGACUUGGAUAGGGUGAAUGAGAAUUUCCCAAACGGUCCAAUCCUAUGCAUACCGUGCUUGUUUACUCGCUACGCUGUCUAGUGUCUUCGAGAAGAGCUCAGGAGGAAUGCUGGUCCAAGAUCUAAUACCAUUUAUUUUAAGUUUUUGGCCUCUUCUUUUCGGUCAGUGCAUUCUAUCGUUGGUUUUACUCUCAUGCCAGGGUGAACUCCAGAGGUCAUGCUCACAGACUGUAGCUGAGAAAGUGAGCGAACACUGCCAGUUGGCAUGCCAGUGUAGAAGCUACCCUCCCCUUCCUCCCCCGCCUCCGCCCCCACCUCCCCCACGGCUACUGUUGGCCACAGUGGUUGAGUCCCCUCUGCCGCUGUUGAGGCCAUGGUGGAUGGAGAUCCUAGUGCUUGGAACAGUGGGCUGUGCCUCAGCUGUUUUCCUCCUUUCAGCCAUGAUCAUCUGCUACAAGGCCAUAAAGAGGAAACCACAACGGAAAGAGGAGAACGGGAUGAGUCGUGGAGAGUAUGCCAUGAGUGCACGCAACAAGAAAGCCAUGGGCCCCAACAACACUGUGGUGUAGACUGUUCACUGACAGGAAGAGGAAUUGGCAUAACCAUAACCCCCCACCACCACCACCACCACCAUCCAUCCUACCCAAAA